GUGCGGAUCGAACAACUAAUCGCUUGCGGACAUCACGCCGCUGGAAAUUCGUAGUGGUCGGUCGCCGUCUAAAAUGGACCGAUUACGGCGGAGUUUUCGAGACAGUUUCAGACGCCGUAAAGAUCUGGGAAAUACUGCCGGAUCGCCAGGCCAUCAUUCCAAUCCUAAGCCUCAUUUGUGGGCCAUGGACGAAGCUGAAGUCCGGGCUGGAAUAUGUUCCUUCCAUGUUAAGUAUUUGGGCUGUGUCGAAGUCUUUGAAUCGAGAGGAAUGGAAGUAUGCGAAGAAGCUUUAAAAACACUUAGGGCAUCAYGCCGCAGACCAGUCAGAGCUAUAUUUUACAUAUCAGGAGAUGGAUUGCGUGUCGUUGAAGAAGAAACAAAAGGUUUGAUAGUGGAUCAAACAAUUGAAAAAGUUUCGUUCUGUGCCCCAGACCGGAGUCAUGAAAAGGGAUUUUCAUACAUAUGCAGAGACGGACUGACUCGUCGAUGGAUGUGUCACGGUUUUGUAGCUUUAAAAGAAUCGGGUGAUCGAUUAAGUCAUGCUGUUGGGUGUGCUUUUCAAGAAUGCCUGAUAAGAAAAAAUAAACGAGAAGAAGAUUGUUCUGUUACAAUGAACUAUGAUCCAAAAACAUCUGUUUUUACUAGAACUGGCAGUUUUAGAACUCCAUCUUUAACUGAACAACAAUCUGAACCUAAUAUUCCGCUCAAUGCACCACCACAACCUCCCCCAUUUCUUCAGUUAAAUAAAGAUAUACCAACAUCAACAGUAAAACCAUUGCAACAAAACCCCACAACACCAAAAGUUAGCACCAAUGCGAUUGAAAGACCGCAUGCUACAUUGUCAAUGUUACAACGACAAGGAUCAUUUCGUGGGUUUACGCAACUUAAUCAAGCGUCACCAUUCAAAAGACAGUUGUCACUUCGAAUAUCUGAAUUACCUUCUAAUUUAGAGAGAACGAGAUCAAUGAGUCUACAACCAACAGCAAAUCCCCGUACAUCUAAUAAACUCUUACAAAUGAAUACUCCAGUAAGUCCUAUACUUGAAGCUUCUCCUCGAAGUGAAAAACCAAUGUCAACAACAGAUCAAGUAACAGCCAUGUGUCAACAAAUGUCAUUAGAAUUGGCGUUUCUUACAAACAGUACAGCCAAUGAUGAUUUCCCUGAGAAAUUUAAAUCAAACGAUCCUAAAAGUAUAGAAAACAAUCCAAAACAAGGCCCAAUCACUGGAAGUGAAGCAUUUCUAGCUAGUAUAUCAAAAAAGGCCAUAUUAUCAUCAGAAACCCAAAGUAACCCCUCCACUCCAAAACCAGAGAGUCGUAUUAGCCCUCAACAAGACGAAGGCUUUGAUUCCGGUUCCAGCUUAUGGAAUAUAAACAACAAGGCAGUUACACCACCAACUCCACCCGCUACUCCUCCAUCGACACUUCCAAGGCCUGAACAAUGGUUAGGUAAAGUGGCAGCAGUUACAUUACAGUCAAUGGAUCCCCAGGUCACACCUAAAAGAAAUCCACAUUUAGCAGCACAUAGUCGCGCGUUUUCUUUAGACACUGCUGAGGAUGUUUAUCGCACGUAUAAUAAUAUUUCAGCUAAUCCAUUUGAUCCUAAUUACAUUGCCCCAAAACAAAAUACAAAUCCUUUUUUGAGUAGCCCAAUAUCAAAUAGCCAAAGUAAAACUGUCAAAACUUUUGAAGUUCAAAUGUGAUCAAUUCUUAAAAUUAUCAUCAUUGAGUAAGAUAAAGUAAAAAAAAAAUUUGAGAAAGGGAAUAUGCGAUUACCAUAAUACUAUGUAGGAUUGGAUUCAUGAUUGUGCAAUUAAUGUUCAAAAUUAACAUUAACAAAACUUAAUAUUGAUGUUAUUUGAUCUAGUGUACUAUGUACUAUCU